AUGGAUUUGGUGUUCUCUUUCGUAUCCCGUAACUAUAAAAGAGGACGACCGUUCUUGGAAAUCGGUCUAGGUUUGUUCGACCGGUGCGGAAUCGAGAACACGAAAACACUGACUGUGAGCGACGAACCGAAUCAUAUAGGCAUUCCUCGGAGAUUCUUCCGCGCGGCCUACGACCUUCAAGUUACCUGUCGGGUGUGGGCCGGGUAUAACGUACUUGCCGACACGAUCGCGAUGAGACAAAACUCGUACAAUUUUACUUGCAUCGUAAGAACGCGUCUGCCCACGGCCCUGAGGCAAAGCGAUCCUCAUAUCGCUGUGCACUGUCGUCAGCAGGAAAAAUCCUCGCCGACUGAAUGGCAGCAUGCGGUUGAUAUGGUUUUGCAGAAACAUUUAGCGGCAGGACAUUCUAAAGCUUCCGUAGAGGAGGACGCAACUACUCUUUUUAAAACGUUUCUCACUCCGGAAAUGGCAACGGCGAUGCAACUCUUGCCCCCGAAGGUAACAAAGGCCUUUCGGUCUUUCCUUAAGCGCUCCAGGACAUGUUGCACACGAAACCAUCCGCAUGACGACUUUCAGAACCCACCAGACUUUGCGCAAUUUUUGAAAGCUGCGCGAGGGGACCCUUGGGCUGCGAGCAAGCGGUUGGCCUCCUAUUGGACCGAGCGUGAGAUGAUGUUUGGUUCCCAACAGGAACAUACUUAUGGACCGUCGUCUGGUUGGCUGUCCAAGCGAGAGAAGGACGCCCUCAAGUCUAAUUUCUUAGUGAUUCUUCCCAUGUCCGAGGCGCGAUCUCUGCCGGUCUUGUUCUGGGACCCCUGGUGCUCGCCGUUCGAAGGUCGCGAGGAUGCUUUAUCACAAAGACGGGUCUUGUUUUACAUGUUGGCCAUUUUAUCCGAGCAGGGCAACGAAUCGAUUCGCAUUCUGAUACGAGAAGAUAUAGCAGCAUGCUCCUCUUUCCAAGAAGUAGACCAAGCCCUGUACCAUACUUUGACGAGCUGGAUUGGGUCUAUUUUGCCCCUCACAGUCCAGGACAUACACGUAUGUUCCUUUCAUGACGGCAAGAAGUCAUGGUUGUGGAAAUCAACUGGGCUCUCCAGUGUCUGGGGAUCUCAGGCACACAUACACGACUACGAUUCUGCGGUUCAAUUGUGUAAAAUUCUCGAGCAGAACUCAUUCCGCCGGGCCUACCUGCCUACUUCCCUUGGUGGCGGAUGGCGGUCGACGCACAACAAGGCCAACUCAUUGCCAGAAAGUGCUUUGUCACGUCAUCGUCGCUCAUUUGAUCGAAUACUAAUGCUCAUCCCGCAGAAGGAAAAGCUUGGCUAUCUGCAGGCCAUUCGAAGAGCGCCGCUAUUAGUUGAGGAAGAGUCGCCACCAGAGCUAUUCAUUCGGCACGAAAGGAACCAUUCGAUGAAGGCAGUAAGGCGCUUUUUGACGUACUGGGAGGAACGUGUGAAAAUUUAUGAGGACCGAGUGUUCUUGCCUAUUGUUCAGACAGGCGAGGGUGCUUUGGGGCCUGCAGAACUUGAAGCUUGGAAGACUCGCUACCUAGUCGAUUUACCUCAGGACGAAUGUGGACGUGGGAGCCUUUGCUACUCUCCAGGACGUAUUACGAUCGAAGGACCCGAACGGCUUCGAUGUGCAUUUUAUGCCUUUUCUCUCCUUAUGCAGAACGAACGAUCGCUGGAUGAAGGGUUUCUUGUUGUUGCAAUGUUCGAUAACCCCGGCUUCUAUCGUGCUACUGGGCGUACUAAGCCAGCCGACCUACUUCGCCGAGCGUUCCCUUGCCGCCUUCGCGAGCUCCAUUUGGUGCAAUGCUUACACUCAGGAGAAAAGUUUUCCUUCUUUAAGCGACUGGUUCCCACAAUCAUCGGUCUUUACGCAUUUGAUCAUUUUAAAAUCCAUUCUGGCUAUUCUCGCUGGGAAAUCCGAGAAAUUUUGGAGGCAAAUAAUUUAAGGGCCCACAGGUUCCCAGAAUGGCUUGGUGGAGAACUUACAAUUCAAAAACUUGAUGAAAUAGAAUGCGUCCGAGCGGUGGAAGAGAAGGAAAGGUGCUCGAAGCAAAAUUGGCCUGUCAGAAGGAGUACUGGUCGACGUGGGGCAAAGCUCAAAGUUGUUCCCGAGACUGAAUUGGAUCACCUCACACAUGAUGAGAGGAAACGCAAAAUGGACGCUAUCUACUCAAAGCGAAAACGGGCGAGACGGAAGGCCAAGUAUGGAGCACUUCAAGAAGAAUUUUCGACUGAAUUAAUCAUGAAUAUGUCUUUGAGAUCUGAAGAGAAACGACUUGAAGAUCUUUUAAAGCAGGCAAACCAAAUUGUAGCGGUAGAUCAUCAACUCUCAGUCGCUAACGAAAGUGUUCCCUCAAUUUUAGAAAGCAUCGCACAUGAGCAGCUGGUCGCUGAGUUCUUGAAAGAGCACACAUUGCAAUCUUUAGUGACUCCUGUAGGGCAUUUGAAAAGUUAUAACAGUUCUGACCUGAUCACUGCUGAGACGACUUUCAUGGACACUGCUUUUGAGUCACUGACCAGCUGGAUGGAUUACGCCGUCGUGAAGCUCUGAUUGAAGCCCGAGCUCGACAGGGUUUGACCGUUCCUCAUUCAUGGAGCGAAGUUCCUUCUGUGAAUUCAAGUAACCACAACGUUCCUUUGCCAGCCAAUGGAUUACAGGGUUUUUUGGCGUCAACACGCGAUGUGCUAAAUACUUUUUGGCAGAGCCGUCCACAUCGAAAAAAGGAGCCGAAGGGAUAAAAUGGUAGAGGUACAUAACGGUAAUUAUGUUGAUCACUCAGGAUAUGCGUGACUACAUUCGCGAACUGGAGAUACCUGCUCUUAAGAUGAGGUAGGCUGGGAUUAGGGCCUCGAAAAUUGCAGCAAUGAGCAUGUGAGAAAUGAAGGGUAGAACCAAUUUGCCUACC